AGGGCGGAGAGUAGAUUUCCGAUUGUCCGUGAAGCGGAUUAGGCUUCAGUGCUGCGUCUGUCCUCAUCCUCUCAGCUGAUCCGGAGAUCCGCUACUGACACACACACGCCCUGCCUCCUGUAUGCUCUGCUCAGCGCGGCACCAUGGAUUUCAACGUGAAAAAACUGGCUUCUGGGGCGGGGGUCUUCUUCACCCGAGCAGUGCAGUUCACAGAGGAGAAGCUGGGCCAGGCUGAGAAGACGGAGCUGGAUCCUCACCUGGAGAACCUGAUCAGCCGGGCCGACAGCACCAAGAACUGGACCGAGAAGAUGUUGAGACAGACCGAGGUGCUGCUGCAGCCCAACCCGAGUGCUCGGAUAGAGGAGUUCAUCUAUGAUAAGCUGGAUAAGAAGCUUCCCUCCAGAACCACCAACCCCGAACUGCUGGGCCAGUACAUGCUGGAGGCCGCCAACGAGUUUGGCCCUGGGACCCCUUAUGGCAGCACCCUGAUCACAGUGGGGGAGUACCAGAAGAGACUCGGGGGUGCUGAGCGCGAGCUCCUCCAAACCUCAGCUGCCACCUUCCUCACUCCUCUACGCAACUUCCUGGAAGGAGACUGGAGGACUAUAUCAAAAGAGAGGCGACUAAUGGAGAAUCGGCGACUGGAUCUUGACAUCUGCAAAGCACGCCUGAAAAAAGCCAAGCAGGCAGAAGCCAAAGCAGCAGCUGCACCCGAUUUUCAGGAGACCAGACCUCGCAAUUAUGUUCUUUCUGCCAGUGCAUCAGCGCUGCUGAGCGAGGAAGUGGACAAAGCGGAGCACGAGCUGCGUGUGGCGCAGACUGAGUUUGACCGGCAGGCUGAGGUCACCCGGCUGCUGCUUGAAGGAAUCAGCAGCACACAUCUCAACCACCUGCGCUGUUUGCAGGAUUUUGCAGAGGCUCAGGCCACCUACUACGCCCAGUGUCAUCACUACAUGCAGGACUUGCAGAGGGAGCUCAACAAAUGUGCUAAUGCUGCCAGCGGCCCCCACCCUCCUGCUGCUGUCUGCCCUGACCCUGUCUCUAAGGCAUUCCUGUCUGGACCAACAUCUCCAGGGGCCACAGUCUUAUCUUCGUCUAGUCAGAGGCCCAGCACGCUGGCCAUGGAGCAGCCACAGCUGCCUGUCACAGGCACCAGGAAGGCCAAGGUCCUGUAUGACUACGAUGCUCAUGAUUCCAGCGAGCUUUCCCUUCUGGCUGAUGAGCUCAUCACCGUGUACACUGUACCUGGAAUGGACCCUGAUUGGUUGAUUGGAGAACGAGGGAACCAAAAGGGCAAAGUCCCUGUCACCUACCUUGAACUGCUGAGCUAAUGGACCAGACAACAGGAUGCACACACACAC